GCUUGAGUGUGUGUCAUAAUAUCAUUAAUAAAAAUAUAAAACAAUAAUAGUCGGUGGUGCUUUUGUGUGGCAACAGAACAGCACAAUUGCACUUCCAUCUGGGGAACUGAAAUCUGAAAUCUGGAAACCAGUCACCUCUGAUGCGUGCCUCCGAGCGGUGCGAUCGGUGUGCUUUCCUCAUUUUUCCUUCAUUCUUUCUUAUUUUUUUGAGUGAGUGACGGGUGAAAAGUGCCGGGAAAAUGCACGUGGAGGAGCUGAGGGCCAGUCUGCAGAGCUUCGGCUGGCUGGACUACCUUGUCUUCUGCCUGAUGCUGGCCAUAUGCGCCGUAAUUGGUAUAUAUUUCUGCCUCCAGCUGAGAAGGGAGUCCCGGAAGCAGAAGGCCCACGGUUCCGGUUCCGAGGAGGCGGCGAGCAGUGCUGCCUCCUAUUUGGUGGGCGGCAGGCAGAUGAAGAUCUUCCCCAUCACCAUGUCGCUGAUAUCCAGCUUCAUAUCUGGCAUCACGCUUUUGGGCACUCCCACGGAAGUCUACCUCUAUGGGGCCCAGUACAUGUACAUCAUGGGAUCGCUGGUCCUGAUGGGCUUCUGCAUGUACUACUUCUUCCUGCCGGUCUUCCACGAACUCAAUUUGAUUUCCACCUAUAAGUACCUGGAACAGCGGUAUAACAGAAGUCUGCGGCUCUUUGGAUCCGUCAUGUUCAUUGUGGCUUCGCUCCUUUGGCUGCCGAUUGUGAUCUAUGUGCCGGCCAUCGCCUUUAACCAGGCCACCGGGGUGAACAUCCACAUAGUGACCCCGAUCGUGUGCGUGGUGUGCAUCUUCUACACCUGCAUCGGGGGUCUGAAGGCGGUGGUUUGGACGGACGUCAUUCAGACGCUGAUCAUGUUCGGUGCGAUGGCCCUGGUUUUGGUCAAGGGAACAAUGGACAUAGGAGGACCUUCGGUCGUGUGGCAGAGGGCGCAGGAAACGGGGCGCCUGGAGAGGCCCAAUUUCAGCGGGGACCUGAGCGAGCGGUACACGUUCUACUCCCUGGUUUUGGGCGGUGUAGCCCACUGGCUGAAGUCGAAUGCGAUCAGCCAGAAUAUGAUACAGCGCUACUUGUCGCUGCCCACGCUGCGGGAUGCGAGGAUUGCCAUCUGGACUUUCAUAGCGGGGGUCCUGGCCUUCCUGAUGAUCUGCGGCUAUACGGGUCUGCUGAUCUACGCCACCUAUGCGCAAUGCGAUCCCCUGGAGACCAAGUUGGCCCAGCGGAAUGAUCAGCUUUUGCCGCUUUUGGUGAUGGAAACACUGGGCGCAUAUCCUGGUUUACCCGGUAUCUUUGUGGCCGGCGUCUUUAGUGCGGCUCUGUCUUCGCUUUCGACGGGAUUGAACUCUUUAUCAGCCGUCGUCCUGGAGGACUUUGUGAAGACCUCGCGGAAGAGUCCGCUGAGCGAGGCGCAAACGGCCUUUGUGAUGCGCAGUGUGGUCGUGGUAUUUGGCAUCAUAUUCGUGGCCCUCGUCUUUGCCGUCGAGAAACUGGGCGCCGUUCUGCAGCUGACCAUCACUUUGUCCUCGGUGGCCAAUGGACCUCUGCUGGGCAUCUUCACCGCCGGCGUCAUGCUGCCAUGGGUUAAUUCGAAAGGAGCUCUGCUGGGAGGAUUCAGUUCGCUGCUGGUGAUGGCCUGGAUGUGCGUGAGUGCCCAGCGGGAUCUGGUCACCGGGGAUCUGGUCUACAAGCGGAAACCCUACUCCACGAUGGGCUGCAACUACACGUUCGCCGGGGAGCCGAGGGAGUUCGCCAGUCUGUCGCUAGAUGGCGACAUCAGUUCCAGCCCGAGUGCUCCCUUCCAGCUGUACCGCAUCUCGUAUCUCUACUUCACGCUAUUCGGAGCCCUGGUCACCAUUGUGGUGGCCCUGGUCACCAGUCUCCUGCUGCGGGAAUCGGACUUGGAUGGCGUGGACACCCGGCUGCUGACGCCGUUUGUGAGGCGCUGGCUGGAGCGGCGUCGCCAUCGCCGAUCGGAGAUCCCAGAUUCUGGCCAAAAGGGCGGCAACAAACUGGAGACGAAAACGUAAAACGGGGAUUUUGAGGCGGAGAAGGCUGACCGGCAUCAUCAUCCUGGCAAUGUUCCUUUUUGGUAGCUUAGCAAAUAUUUAAAAUAAAACACAAUUCAUAAUUA